CUUCCCGGAAGUGAGUGUUGGGAGCCAAGAUGGCGCAGGACUGGAGCGAGUUAGCGGAAGAAGCUGAUGUCGGUUAAUAAAUCCAACGGGACCGUUAAAGAGCGACAUCACCGACACACGGCGGCACCGAGGGGUCAAAGUUCACGCUGUGUGCUUCAGUGUGAAUGUGUCAGGCGGUGAUGGCGGAGCGGCUGGUGGAGUUAACUUGGAAGAGACACAUCUCAGAUCAGCUGAAGCUCAGAGACCGAGUGCAGAGACACGCCUUCGAAGAAAUCAUCCACCACUAUCAUCGUCUGUUGGAGAAAUCUGAUCUUCAGGCUGUUUUGACUGAGCGAUACCAGACAGAUAAAUAUGACGUCCAGAGAGAGUCCAGUGUGGGAACGGACUCCAGUCGUAGUGACGCUCUGCAGCAGGAAAUGGCUGCGAUGAGAAUCAAACAUCAGGAGGAACUGACGGAACUGCACAAGAAGAGAGGAGAGUUGGCGCAGAGCGUGAUCGAACUGAACAACCAGAUUCAACAAAAAGACAAAGAGAUCCAGAGCAACGAGGCCAAGAUGUUGGAAUUUCAGCAGCAGAUCAAUGACCUGGAGGGCGACUGUCGGGAGCUGAGAAGUUUCCUUCAGGACCUGGAGAGAGCCAAUCAGACGCUGAAGGACGAAUAUGACGCCCUGCAGAUCACCUUCUCUGCCCUGGAGGAGAAACUGAGAAAGACCACGGAGGACAACCAGGAGCUUGUGUCUCGCUGGAUGGCGGAGAAAGCUCAGGAGGCCAACAAGCUGAACGCAGAGAACGAGAAGGACAGCAGACGCCGUCAGGCCAAAUUGCAGAAGGAGCUGGCAGACGCAGCCAAAGAGCCGCUGCCUAUCGACCCGGAAGACGAUAUUGAGGUUCUGGCGGAGGAUGGCGGGAAGGGGGGGGGAGAGACGUCACCAAACAGACCGCUCAGCAGAACGCCCAGUAAGAAGAUGGGUCAGGCGCCCCCUGCUGGUCUUCUGGAUUCCAUUUCUAACAUAUUUGGCAGACGUCGACCAGCUAACUCUUUCGGUUCUCCUGAGAACCCUGACGCCCCAUCGGGUGUGUGUGUGGAGGUUCGAGUCCCAACAAUGGCACUGCACGUGUUUGAGGCACAUGAGGGGGAGGUGAACGCCGUCCGGUUCAGCCCAGGCUCUCGUCUCCUGGGCACAGGAGGGAUGGACCGCAGGGUCAAGCUGUGGGAGGUGGUCGCAGGUCGCUGUGAGUGUAAAGGAGCUCUAACAGGAAGUAACGCAGGUAUCACCAGUAUUGAGUUUGACAGCACGGGUUCCUACCUGUUGGCUGCUUCUAACGACUUCGCCAGUCGCAUCUGGACGGUGGACGACUACAGACUGAGGCAUACCUUGACUGGUCACAGUGGGAAGGUGCUGUCGGCUCGGUUCCUAUUGGACAACGCUCGGAUCGUGUCCGGCAGCUACGACCGGACGCUCAAACUUUGGGACCUGCGCAGCAAAGUCUGUAUGAAGACUGUGUUCGCUGGGUCCAGCUGUAACGACAUUGUGUGUACAGAGCAGUGUGUCAUGAGUGGACACUUCGAUAAGAAAGUUCGAUUCUGGGACAUCAGGGCGGAGAGUAUCGUGCAGGAACUCGAGCUUUUGGGUCGAGUAACGUCUCUGGACCUGAACCUGGACCGAACGGAGCUGCUCACCUGCUCCAGAGACGACCUCAUCAAGAUCAUCGACCUGCGCACCAACGCUGUCCGGCAGACGUUCAGUGCACAGGGCUUCAAGUGUGGCGCGGACUGGACCAGAGUCACUUUCAGUCCUGAUGGCAGCUAUAUAGCAGGAGGGUCAGCAGAUGGCGCUCUGUACGUGUGGAACGUCUUGACGGGGAAAGUGGACCGAACUCUGGACCGGAACCACAACUCUGCUAUCAACGCCGUGUCGUGGUCGCCAUCAGGAGCCUACGUGGUCAGCGUGGAGAAGGGCAGCAAGGCCAUCCUGUGGUCUGACAUGUGAUUGGCUGACGGAGACAGAGACUCUGACCAAUGAGAGGACAGUUGAUGAAACGUUUCAUCAUGUUGUUGAACCAGACUGAGGAUCAGCUGAUGCCUGGGUCUUUAAUCACAUGUUCAUUAUGACAUGUUUACUUGUUGCGUGUUGAUUUGAAUGUUGAUGUAAUGCUGACACACACAUUCUCGUACUUGAUUCUUAGUGAGGACCCUCAAACAGACCUUUGUAAAAGUGACUGAGAUGUCCUCACAAAGAUAGAACUACAAGUUCUCCCACACUUUAUCCCCUGAUGUUAAAGAGGAUUUAAUAAAGUCUUCAUGAUCUGUG